AUGGAAAAAGCUGGACUUGGCCACACGCAGUACUUCAUUCAGUCGCCCGAGGACGAACAGAGAGCACUGAGGGAUGGAUGGGCCGGUCCACGACUUGACCAGUUCCGGAGGAAAGAGCGCAACCUACCCCUGGAUGGUGUUUUUGACUCACAAGCUGGAAUAGUUCAAGCUGACCUGGCAUGUAACUAUGCACUACGUCUGGUUGAAGCUGCUGGUGCUAUUACAUUCUUUGGGGAAGGAAGAGGCGAGUUCUUGACAUUCAUUCGUGAUGAGAAAGACAACCACCAAAUCAAGGGGAUCAUCACCAGAGACCAACAAAGACAUCACGCAGACCUUGUAAUCAUUGCGGCAGGGGCACAUUCGCACCAGAUUGUGCCAGAACUUCAAUCCUUCUUGACAGCUACGGCCGGAAACUUUGUCUACAUCAAGGUGCCCCAAGAACUAAAGCAUCGUUUCGAAGCCAAAGUUUUCCCGCCCUGGACGUGGAACUACACAGGGGCGUCUGAUGGUGGUGGACUUGGUGGUUUCCCACUUGAUCGUAAGUUUCUCCUGUACCUCGUUGCGUUUGUGACCCUACGCAAGUAA